CAUUAAUAACUGGAAACCUUUUAGACCGCCUGAGAUCUGGUGGCUCACAUUUCUGCUGCACAGAUCCCUUAAACAACUUAAUAGUGAGUGAGGACUGCAGGGCUAGUGUUGCAACCAUGCUCAAACCGGUGCACAAUCUUUGAUAAUGCUUUUCAUAUUUGGUCUACACACUGUGAUGUAAUAAUUACGAUAGUAGAAAGCGCGUUCCCGAACCAGCUGUCCCGCUCCGCGUGUCAAUCGGGGUUUGGGCGCGAGCCGCAGGUCUCCUUUUUAAAUCGAGGGGGAUGGAAUUUGGGCUGUCAUCGGUGACAGACAGAGGAGAGGAGCUGAUGUCUUGUGCGUCAUUUCUUUUUUUAUUUUCUUUUUAAACAACCUCAAUAGCACUUAAAAUAUAUGUAUAUUUAUAUAACCCUCCACCCCUUUAAAAAAUAAUAAUUUUAAAGCUUUAACAGCAGCGAAGACAGCUUACCUCGUCUCCAUUCUUUCAAUAACAAUAAUAACCAUGUACAGAUAUCUGGGCGAGUUUGUCUCUCGCGGAGCCGGUUCCGCUUUGGCCUCGGGUUGCGCUGACUCCGCACUGCCGGCCUCCGCGUCCCUGCUGCGGGUGCGCCACUACAGCGAGGCAGUCGGGGGCCAGAAGGAAGACGACCCCAACUUCUUCAAGAUGGUGGAAGGGUUUUUCGACCGCGGCGCCAGCAUUGUCGAGGACAAGCUCGUGGAGGACCUCAAAAAUAAAGAAACGGUGCAGCAGAAGCGCCACCGGGUCCGGGGAAUCCUCAAGAUUAUAAAGCCCUGCAACCACAUACUGAGCGUGUCAUUCCCUCUCAAGCGCGACAACGGGGAGUGGGAGGUGAUCGAGGGCUACCGAGCCCAGCACAGCCAGCACAGGACCCCGUGCAAAGGAGGUAUCCGUUACAGCGCGGAUGUGUGCGUGGAUGAGGUGAAAGCCCUGGCUUCCCUGAUGACCUACAAGUGUGCUGUUGUUGAUGUACCAUUUGGAGGAGCCAAGGCAGGAGUGAAAAUCAACACAAGAAAUUACUCUGACACUGAAUUGGAAAAAAUCACAAGAAGAUUCACACUUGAGCUGGCAAAGAAGGGCUUUAUUGGACCUGGCAUUGAUGUCCCUGCCCCUGACAUGAGCACCGGAGAAAGGGAGAUGUCCUGGAUCGCAGACACCUACGCCAACACCUUGGGCCACAAUGAUAUCAAUGCCCAUGCCUGUGUGACUGGGAAACCCAUCAGCCAGGGAGGGAUCCACGGGAGGAUCUCUGCCACGGGCCGCGGCCUAUUCCACGGCAUCGAGAACUUCAUCAAUGAGGCUUCCUACAUGAGCAUGCUGGGCUUGAGCCCAGGGUUUGGGGACAAGACCUUUGUCAUUCAGGGGUUCGGUAACGUGGGUAUGCACUCCAUGCGCUACCUGCAUCGCUAUGGAGCCAAGUGUGUGGGUAUAGGGGAGGUGGACGGCUCCAUCUGGAACCCCAAUGGGAUCGACCCCAAAGAGCUGGAGGAUUACAAGCUGCAACAUGGCACAAUUGUGGGGUUCCCCAACUCCACCCCCUACGAGGGAAGCAUCCUGGAGGCGGACUGCAAUAUCCUGAUCCCUGCAGCCAGCGAGAAGCAGCUCACCAAGGCCAACGCACACAAGAUCAAGGCCAAGAUUGUCGCUGAAGGUGCUAAUGGCCCCACAACCCCUGAAGCAGACAAGAUCUUCUUGGAGAGGAACAUCAUGGUUAUUCCGGACCUGUACUUGAACGCUGGUGGUGUGACCGUGUCUUACUUCGAGUGGCUGAAGAAUCUGAACCAUGUGAGCUACGGCCGCUUGACCUUCAAAUACGAGAGAGACUCCAACUACCACCUGCUCAUGUCUGUCCAGGAGAGUCUGGAGAGGAAGUUUGGGAAGGUUGGUGGGACUCUUCCAGUUGUACCCACAGAAGAGUUCCAGGCCAGGAUAGCUGGUGCUUCCGAGAAGGAUAUUGUCCACUCCGGCCUUGCCUACACCAUGGAACGGUCAGCCAGGCAAAUCAUGCGCACUGCCAUGAAGUAUAACCUGGGAUUGGACCUGAGAACUGCCGCUUAUGUCAACGCCAUCGAGAAAGUCUUCAAAGUCUACAACGAGGCUGGGCUGACUUUCACAUAAAUGCCUGUUUAUCUGCCCUCCUCUCCGUCAGACCUGGGACCCCCACCCCCAAACCAACCCAAUGCAGCCUUUAUAACAUAACGUAUCAAGUUUACAUAUUGUGUAUCUGUACUUAUUUACACUAAAUGUAACCAGAGAACCAUCCCUGCUUUGUGUUCUUAAAGUUCCUUAGAAGUGUGUGUGUAAUAUUAUAUAUAUAUAAUUUUUUAUUUAAAAAAAAAAUAAAUUGUGUGAUGGUUAACUAGCAUUUUGAGCAUGCCCCAAGCUAAACUGCAAACUGUACCCCACCUCAUGUUUAAGAAAGAUGGAUACACUCUAAUUUUUAUUGUUAACCUGUUCUGUUUCUGACUUCUUUUUAAGUAUUAUUCCUCCUCUCUGUCUUUUUUUAUCAUUCUGUUCUUAGUCGGUAUCCAUGGCAAAACAUGUGUACCAAAAGGGCUGCGCCACUGUUAACACAGUGGUUAGCUGUACCAAAGCAGGUUGGGAAUAACGCAGCUUAUAUGGCUGGUGUUUCUUGAAAAAGGAGCUCUUUUUUUUGUUUUGUUUUAUGUUUCGGCCUUUUUGCACAGUGGGGAGGACAGGAGCUUAAACAAUAAGCCCAGUUGAACCCCAAUACGAAUAGGAGAUGCAGAUUGAAUUAAUACCCAGUGGUGCUGUGAGCACUGCACCACUGUAGAUCAACACUGGUGAAUUUGGACGUAUUGUAUGGUAGUAUACAAUCUCUUUGCCAAAAGUUAGUUCAUGGCAAGGUUUUAACACAAUGCCAAUUUUGUUUUUUGUUGUGUGUGUGUGGUUUUUUGUUUGGUCUCUGGUUUCACGGCUAGUGUCCAAAAAGUAAUGCGACAUUCAUUUUGCCUGUAAUAAUGCAUGGAAAUUUUCCAAAAAAACAAAAUCUACAUAAAUUAAUCCACCCACCACCGUCUCCCUAAGGUUAUCAUGCAAUUUCAAGAUCUUGAUUUGAUACAGUGGUGCCCCCACACCCCCCAAGUCUUAAUCACCAACCACUUCAGAACGGCUUCUCAAUCUUCUCCAUAGUAGUAACGCUUUUGCAUUUUCUUUUUGGCUUUCCAUACAAAGAGAGAGAAAGAAACGUAAUAAAGGACUCACUCGGGAACCAGAGUUUUGUUUUGUUUGUUUUUUAAGCUGCCAUGUGAGCCUUCAUCUCCGAUCUGCCUUGAGAUGGAUGAUUGGUUAAUUUGUACUGCCAUUUCUCAAACUAAAAAUACAAUUUAUAGAAGUUAA